UAUAUAAAGGCCCAUAGACUUAUUACUUUUUUGUCUUGAGUACUUACACACAAGUUGGUUUAGCUAGAAAUGAAACUUGGUGUUUCACAAUCAUAUUUGUCAAUGGAGUGGCCUUUGGUGAAGUUUUUGCUGUGGGCUUUACUACUUUUUGUUCAAAUUCAUGAGCACAUAGCUUGUAUUGAGGAUGAGAGGAUGGGUAUGCUAGAAUUAAAGGCCUUUCUGAAAUCCAAAACUAAUCGUACCGAACCCCUUCUUCCAACAUGGGUUAAUGACACAAAGAGUGAGUGUUGUAGUUGGGAGCAGGUCAGGUGUAACACCACCACUGGUCAUGUGAUCAAGCUCACGCUCUCCGGUAUAAACCAAGAGCAAAAUUAUGAGGAUACAUGGUAUAUAAACAUGUCCCUAUUUCAGCCUUUCAAGGAGCUAAGAAGUCUUGACUUAUCUAACAACAAAAUUGCUGGUUGUUUAGGAAAUGAAGAAUCCAAUUGUUUGUCUAAAAUGAGCAAGCUGGCGCACUUAAAUUUAAGUUGGAAUAACUUUGAUAUGGAAAUUUUAAGAAUCUUAGGUGCCCUCCCAGUUCUUAAAUCUCUUGACCUAAGUUACAAUCAAAUGGAAGGGCCUCUUCCUAGCCACGAAUCCAAUUGUUUGUCUAAAAUGAGCAAGCUGGCACACUUAAAUUUAAGAGCAAAUUACUUUGACAAGGAAAUUUUAAGAUCCUUAGGUGACCUCCCAGUUCUUCAAUCUCUUGACCUAAGUUACAAUUACAUGAAAGGGCCUCUUUCUAGCCACGAAGUGGUUAAUCUAAACAACUUGGAGGUUCUCAUCCUGCAAGGAAAUGGUCUUAAUGGAAGCCUACCAUUCAAGGAUAUGGCAAACUUCAGCAGUUUGAAGAUUUUAGAUUUGAAUGAAAAUUCUUUCACUGGAAGUAUCCCUUCAUAUAUUGGAGCACUAUCUUCACUCAAGGCUAUAUCAUUACAUUCUAAUCGACUUAAUGGAACUUUAGCCAUUCAAGAAAUGUGCGCACUGAAGAAACUUGAAGAGUUAGAUCUUAGUGGUAAUAACUUUGAAGGAAUCCUUCCUCCAUGCUUAACCAAUUUGACAUCUCUUAGGUUGUUAGACAUAUCUUACAACCGGUUCAGUGGAAACUUGUCUUUGUCUCCUAUAGCCAGCUGGACAUCUCUUGAGUACAUUGAUCUGAGUUAUAAUCUUUUUGAAGGUUUAUUCUCCUUCGGCUUGUUUGCUAAUCACUCCAAACUUAAGGUGAUUCAACUUUUUAGUGACAACAACAAGCUUGAUAUCAAAACUGAAAAUCCCAAUUGGGACCCAUCAUUUCAAUUAAAGGUGCUAUUACUAUCUAACUGUAGUCUAAACAAGCCCACUGGCAACAUUCCUAAGUUUCUCUUCAACCAACAUGAAUUGGAAGUCGUUGAUUUAUCUCACAAUAAGUUGAAUGGAAGCUUCCCCAUUUGGUUGCUUGAAAACAAUACUAGACUACAACUGUUGAGUCUUCGAAGUAACUCUUUUGCGGGUCAAUUUCAUUUGCCAUCAUAUCGCUCCAUGUAUCUUCGUUGGUUGGAUGUCUCUGACAAUAACCUUGAUGGGCAGCUUCAAGAAAAUAUUGGAAAGAUUAUUCCAAAAUUAGAAUAUCUAAAUCUAUCCCGAAAUUAUUUUGAAGGUGAUCUCCCAUCCUCAAUUGGUGACAUGAGUAAUUUAGAGAAAUUGGAUUUGUCCUUCAAUAAUUUUUCUGGAGAGGUAUCAAUGGAAUUGGUUGCCAGUUGCACCCACUUGGAUAUUUUGAGGUUAUCUAAUAAUUACUUUCAUGGUGAAAUUUUUUCAAAGAACUUCAACCUAUCCUUAAGUUCUUUGGAAUUAAACAAUAAUUAUUUCACAGGUACUCUUCCAGUGGCACCCCUAAGAGUCAUGUUCCUAGAUAUUAGCAACAAUCACAUGUCAGGUAUAAUUCCCGUAUGGAUAGUAAAUAACAAUACUAUAAACUUGUGGAAUGUUGACCUUAGUAACAACUUUUUUGAGGGUAAGAUUCCAUGUGGAUUAAUUUCAACAUUAAACCUUUCUUAUAAUUUGCUUUCGGGAUUGUUACCUUCUUGCUUGAAUCUAGAAAAUGCGCGGCACCUACUUUUGCGAGGGAACAAUCUCACAGGAUCACUACCAAAAGCUAUUCUCAUUUCAUCAUAUAUUGUGACAUUCGACAUUAGAGAUAAUAGCUUUUUCGGCAAUAUCCCUGAAGAAAUUUACGGACUUUCUGAAUUAAGAGUACUUUUGUUAAGUGGCAACCAGUUUAGUGGUACAAUUCCAAAGCAGCUCUGUUGGUUAAAGAAGAUAGGCAUAAUGGAUCUUUCAAGGAACUUUUUUUCUGGGACAAUACCAUAUUGCUUUUACAACAUAACCUUUGGGAAGGUAGCUGCUAGUGAAUUUGUCUACAUGAUGAACAGUUUUGGUUGGGUCCCUGAUUUUUCCCUCCCAUAUAAAUCUCUUCUAAACAAGGAUAGUCAAAUUGAAGGGACAAAUUUUUAUUUCCAUAUACCAGUUGAGAUUGAGUUUUUGACGAAAUAUAGGUCUAACUUGUACCGGGGUCUCGUCCUUGAUAUGAUGUCUACAUUGGAUUUGUCAUUCAACAAGUUAACAGGUGAAAUCCCACCAGAUCUAGGACAGCUAUCUUCAAUUUUUGCAUUGAACUUGUCUUACAAUCAAUUAAAUGGUCCUAUUCCAAAAACAUUCUCAAAUUUGACUCAGUUGGAGAGCUUAGACCUUUCUCACAACAAUUUGAGUGGAGAAAUUCCUUCAGAAUUGAUUGAUCUGACAUUUCUAGAAGUUUUCACCGUGGAUCACAACAACUUAUCAGGUAAAGUUCCAGACAUGAAAAAACAAUUUUCAACAUUUAGAGAGAGCAGCUAUGAAGGAAAUCCAUUUCUUUGUGGUGCACCACUAAAGAAAAGUUGCACCGAUACUGAUGAAUCACCUCUAUCAUCACAAAAAUCUUCGGAGGCAAAUGAUGGCAGAUGGUAUGAAGUUGAUCUUCUAGCCUUCUUUACAAGUUUUUUGGUAUCUUGCAUUAUUUUCUUUUUGGGUGUAGUCAGUGUUCUUUAUAUUAAUCCUCAUUGGCGGCAACGAUGCUUCAACUUGGUUAAGGAUCGUAUGUACUGGUGUUAUUUUUUUGCUUAAAAUACCCUAAAAGAGCUGUCAAGCCGCAUGUGUCAUUAGAUGUACUCAAUUUCUGUAGAAACCUUUUGUGGUAGUAUUGAUAAAUACCUAUGUGUAUGGGUAUGUUUGGUUUUGAAUAAUUGUUAUCAUGCUCUGUUAUGAAACAAGGAGCUCACUUGCAGUA